AUGGAUGACUUCUCAAAUGUGUCUUCUGUUUUGACACUAGAAGGCUUCAAUCUCCCCCCUGAAAGUGCCUUUUCCGCAUUUAUUUUCGCCACACUGAGCUAUAUGGUCAUUCUCUUCUGUAAUCUGGUCCUGAUUCUCACCAUCAUCCUCAAUAGGAGUCUCCACCAGCCCAUGUACCUUCUGCUGCUAAACCUACCCAUCAAUGACCUCAUAGGCUCCACGGCACUCUUUACACAGGUCAUCAAAGAGCUUUUACUUGACACAGGGACCAUUCAAUACUCUGCUUGUGUCACACAAGCUUUCUUUAUUCAUGUCUAUGGAACGGGAGCUGUGUUAAUUCUGACUGCUAUGGCGUAUGACAGAUACAUUGCCAUAUGUUCCCCUUUGAGGUACAACACAACUAUGACCAAUGCUCAUCUCAGGAAAAUCAUCACACUGCUAUGGGUGUGUGACUUGAUUUUGAUUGGAGUGCUCUUUUUCCUGCUGCUUCGAUUACCACGCUGCAGAUCUCUGAUGUCACACUCAUACUGUGACAAUCCCUCCCUGUUGAAACUGGUCUGUGCUAACACAGCCAUCAAUAACAUCUAUGGAGUCUUUAUUACUGCCCUCAUGCAGGUCAUAGUUGUUUGGGCCAUUCUCUACACUUACAUUCAGAUACUUGUCACAUGUUUUAGAAACAAAGGAUCAGCUGACACAAAAAGCAAAGCUCUGCAGACUUGUGCUACACAUUUAAUUGUUUUUCUCCUCUUAGAGUGUUUAGGGCUUCUCACUAUUAUCUCAUACAGACUGAGCCAAUUUCCCCCGCAGUUACGGAGACUCAUAGGAGUUUCCACAUUAAUUUUCCCCCCAACUUUAAAUCCAAUUAUAUAUGGUCUUAAAAUAAAGGAUAUCAGAGUAAAAGCAAUGCAUUUCUUGCGGACAAAGAUCUUUCCAUCAUAG